AUGCUACUUUCGACGCUUGUUGGAUGUCUUGUUUUACAGUCGCUAGCGGCGCAAGUCCCCCUGUGCUUGUCGCCUGAUGGCAAGCAGUCACUGGAAUGCGAAUCUGCGUCUAGAAUAAUUCAAUCAUAUAACUCCGCUAUCCCUCUGGACUCGGAUAGCCUCGACUUCUUACCUUGGCAGCUUGACGAACCACCUCCUGCUAAUGCAACAGGGCACUUUGUGUUUGAAACUGUGAAUUCGUUACUCCAGCAUUGGCCAAACACACGUUAUCGGAAUGGGCAUGCAAUUAUUCCGGGUGUUGUUCCCAAAGGCACCUUGUUGUAUCAUGGAGCUUUGAGCGACAAAAUGCCUACGAGCCCUCAGUGGACGGCCGUAGAUCCGGAACACUCCAUGUACCUCUGCCGAGGUUCGUCCGAUACAGGAUGUUGGCAUUUGACGCUCGCAGCAACUCGUCCCCUCAAAGUCCUCUAUUUUGAUGGAAAUAGUGCGGGUAAUACCGGAAAUGGUACUAACGACACUCAGGAUAUCAUUGCGUGGGGUGAGUUGAGACCCGACUGGUGGGACGCACAGCGCAUCAAAGAUUUGUGCAAAUGGGGAGCACCAUACGCUGUUGAUGGUUAUGUUCGCAUGGAAAUGGACUUUGAAAUCAUGCUCUGUGAUUUUACGGCUGGCCUAGAAGUCGUCUCCUCGUCUAACCUUGUCAGCCGCUUUAUAGAUCCUGAUACUCUCCGCAAGUCUCUAUUUUCGUUUUCCUCAUCAAUGCACGCCGGGUCAUGGCACAAUCGAUACCCUGGGGCCACACGAAUUAUCCUUGAUCUGGCUGGAAUAGUCUCACUGUACGACACCACGCUCGCACCGUCACUCGUUGGUUUACGCGCUGGCCAGGAGCGAUGCGAUCACCGCAUACAAGGCAUAUCUUCCGCAGACAUCGAAGUGGUCAGGCGUAGCGUCUCUCGCACGUUAGAGCGGCAUCAGGCUGACCUCAGUGGUAUCGACUGGAAAACUCUUUUCAGAGCUAUCGUGGAACGUUACUCAGGGCGCCUUGACUUAAUGGACUACCUUCUCAACUACACCUCCGGCAAUGACACGAUUCUGGACCAAGCAAGCAAGGUGCAAACCCAGCUGCGUGUGAUGCUCACGCCAUACAUUUUCCACACUAUUGUCCCCCCCAGCGCAUCCUAUGAUUCAGCUUACUCCUGGGCAACGCCAGUGUUCCAAGCAUGCGGGACCGCGCACACGUCGUCUAUCGCAUCAUAUAUUGCCAGCUUGAAUCCUUCUGAACGUCUUCUGCUGCGUGCAGCGCAAGAGACUACGCGCGAGAUAUGUCGGAUCACUACGAAGAUGUGGGCCACUGGCGUCCUUGCAGGUCUUGAUCCAUAUCUCCCCCGUGAUUCAACUCUAGACGCCGCGCAACUUGUUCGCCUGAUAGUUACGUGGAGGCAAGAAUUAAGUGCUUUGAUGGCAUGGCUAGAUUGGAGCGUGUGGGUUAGGUGUCGUCCAGCGUGCGGGCCUGAGGAAAUGUGCUACCUGCCUAGUUGGCCCGUAAAUGUGUCAGGGGGUCAGUUGCCCUUCCCAGACAGAGUAUCUUCCAAGCACGGAUUUCUUAUGCAGCUGGCGGGUUCGCAGGAUGAGGAGGAAUGGAGGAAGCCCCAGCCCAAGUGCAUUAGGCGAUUUGCGCCAUAUGGUUUCUAG